GCCAACAGUCUUUCUGCCUGCUUUUCUACAUUCACUACACUUGUCAUUUCCGCACUAUGAAAGAAGCCAUUAACCUUGCUGGACCGGUUGUAAAGAUCGUGGACAGUCCGAUUCCCGAACCAAACGAUGACCAGAUUCUUAUCAAGGUUAUAGUCUCCGGAUCGAAUCCCAAAGACUGGAAAAUCCCGGAUAUAGCAGCAGCUGGGGACUCUAGCAUGGCUAUGUUCCAAGCAGCCAAGGCCGGGUUAAAUCAAGGAGACGAUAUUGCAGGAAUCGUCGAAAAAGUUGGCUCUAAUGUUCUUGAGUUCAAGCCAGGUGAUCGUGUCGCAGCAUUUCACGAGAUGUGCACACCAGGUGGUUCCUAUGCAGAAUAUGCAAUCUCUUGGAGUCACACCACUUUUCAUUUACCAAAUGACGUAAGCUUUGAAGAGGCCGCGACGAUUCCCCUAGCAGCUUUAACUGCUGCUGUAUCCUUAUACGCACAUCACCGGCUGCCAUCGCCAUGGGCUCCUGCACUGAAACCAAUCCCACUGAUCGUUUAUGGUGCGAGUGGGGCGGUCGGCUCUUACGCUAUUAAACUAGCAUGCAAUAGCAACGUUCAUCCCAUUAUUGCUGUUGCAGGGAAAGGAUCUUACUACGUGGAAAGUCUUAUCGAUCGGAGCAAAGGUGACACAAUAGUCGACUACCGUCAAGGAGUAGAGGCAACUGCAAAAGGUAUAUUCAGCAGUCUCGAAAAAGCUGGCCAUACUUCUGUCUGGCACGCCAUUGACGCUGCCAUCGUUCCUCAAAGUGCAGAGGUUCUAAGGAAAGUCGUUGCUCCUGGUGGACAAGUUGAUUUUAUAUUGCCUAACGACUUUGAUGUGGCUCCCGCGACUAAAUCCGUUACCUCGGUAGGUUCAGUUCACAACCAGCCUGAAUUCGAAAACAAUGAAGAGCUCGGAUACGUCAUUUCCCGCUACUUAUCUAGAGCACUUCAAAAUGGGAGUCUCUCUGGUCAUCCUUUCGAAAUCAGGCCAGGGGGUCUCGAAGGGGUUGAAGAAGCAUUAAGAGAUUUGAAGGACGGGAGAGCAAGUGCUAUGAAGUAUGUUUUCCGCAUUGCAGAUACUCCUGGGGUGGAGUAGGAUAAUGUGUUCAACGUCUUAAGAAUAUAGUUUGAUUAUUGGGCUGUGGAAGGUUAGUCACUCAAAUGCGCGCCGCUAUAAAGUUACUGCAUGAAGACAAAGAAUGACAUCAUACUUGUU